CAUGAGUAUGUAAAAUGGAAUAUAACAUACAGAAUAAGCGGAUUAAGGGUGGCCACCUUUAAAUGAGAAUGUCAACAACAAAAAUGUCACUUUAAACACCAUGUUUUCAAACCUCAGAUAAAUCAGCAAGACAUCAUGCCGAAGGCAAACAUGUUUUUAUUUGCCAUUUUAUUAAUGUUUUCAAUUUCCACCUCGUUUUCGGAAUAUGCAUCGACUUGCGGAAAUUUUGAUUGUGAAUAUAAAUUGUUAUCAAAACUGGUACAGCUGGAAGAAAAAACUGCUCAACAGCAGAAAGAUAUAGCUCUACUGAAAGCACAACUUGAAGAUGCUGAAAAGUCUGCUCAUGAGGACAACAAAGUAUUAGCCGCAAGGCUUGCAGAUGCUGAAAAAACAAUAGUGCACCUUAACGACACAAUUGUAAGCAACCAAAAAUCUGCUGAUGGUACAACCUAUAUACGCUGGGGUCGUACAACAUGUCCCGGUAAAGCCGUUCUAGUGUACGACGGCUACGUUGCUGGAUCAUAUUACGCUCAUAGCGGAACUGCAUCAAAUCCGUUAUGUUUACCAAAAGAUCCAGACUACGACAAGCAAACAAAUGGUUUUCAAUAUGCAGCUAGGAUAUAUGGAGCAGAAUAUAAAACAAGUACCUACCCGCAUUGGCAAUAUCUGCAUCAUCACGAAAUUCCAUGUGCAGUCUGUCGAAUACCACGUAAUAACGUUCUGAUGGUGCCGGGGAAAAAUCGUUGUCAUGACAGUUACAUAUUAGAGUAUAAAGGCUUCCUUAUGGCUGAGCACUACAGUCAUGCUUCAUCCUCUGAAUUUGUGUGUGUUGAUGGAAAUCCCGAAACGUUAGAGGGAACUCAUCAGAAUUUAAAUGGGAAACUGUUUUAUUUUGUUGAAGGGGAAUGUGGUUCGCUACGAUGCGAUCCAUAUAAAAACGGUUGGGAGCUGACAUGUGCUGUUUGCUCGUACUCAUACAAUGCAAGAUCGACGAGUGUUCAGCCAUAUACGUAGUUGACAUACUAAUCAAAAUAGUCAGCAAACAAACAAUGCCUUAUAGAGACAGAAAUGUAGAUCAUUUCUUCAAUUG